CAGGCAGGUGGCGCCCCGGGUAACGUCUGCGCCAAACGGUAGUCACGGCAUUUUCGUGGUAUUUCUCGGGUGCAGCACGAAAAUGGCUUGCUCAGCAGUGAGAUGUCCAAUUUUACGUAAUUCCACAGUGAGGAGCUACGCUGCCCUCGCGAAAGCAGCCCAGUCGUCGCCAGCGGCCACUGUUGACACUCAAGUCCUGGGUAACAAAGUAACUGUCGCUGCUCUUGACAAUAACAGCCCAAUCGCCCAGGUCUCAAUUAUUUUCAAAGCUGGCUCUCGUAAUGAGACGUACGACACCCAGGGCAUAACUCACCUGCUGAGGAUCGCAGCGGGGUUGACGACAUCGAGGUCAUCAACCUUCGCGAUAACCCGAAAUAUCCAACAGCUCGGUGGCAACCUGUACGCAGUGUCCGAUCGCGAAUCCAUCGCCUACACUCUCCAGAUCACUCGUGACAAGCUAGAGAAUGCCCUCGUAUUCUUGGAGGAUGCAGCGACACGUCAGGUGUUCAAACCAUGGGAGGUAUCAGACUCGACACCUCGAUUGCGCUACGAACUCUCGACUCUUCCUGAAAAUGUUCGCAUUGUCGAGCUUCUGCAUAAAGUCGCUUAUCGCGAGGGUCUGGGGUACUCUCUCUACUCACCGAAACGUCACCUUGAUAAAAUUCCAUCAGAGACUUUGCAGCACUACGUUAAUACGUGGUACACGGGUGGUCGAUGUGCAGUAGUUGCCACUGGCCUACCUCUCUCGGAAAUAUCGCCCCUGGCAUCAGGCCUUACCCUCGGUUCAGGUUCUGGUAACACGGUGCCGUCGAAAUUCGCAGGAGGUGAAAUUCGCAAAGAGCGUAAUUCACCUCUUGCCAGUGUGGCCCUGGCUGUGGAGGGCUCUGGCUUCGACAAGGAAGCCGAUGCUCUGGCAUUCGCAGUCCUUCAGAAGGCUGUGGGCACAGGGCCACACGUCAAAUGGGGGACUUCAACGGCACCACUGCAGAGAGCUGUUGCCUCAGCAGCUGGAUCAGAGCCUUUUGCCAUCACUGCUUUCAACGCUAGUUAUUCAGACUCCGGACUUUUUGGAUUCCUCCUUCAAGCGCCUGCUAGUGCCGCAGGACCUCUAACGAAAGCUGCAUACAAGUGGAUGUCAUCACCGAAUAUCACAGACGCUGAUAUUGCGCGUGGUAAAAGCGAACUGAAGGCUUCGAUUCUUCAUGCUUCUGAUAACAGCAUAAGCCAGCUUGAGAAUUUGGCACAGCAGACCCUUUUCAAGGGGCGCAUCAUCUCUCCAGCUGGACUUGCAGCUGAAGUUGACAAAGUUAGUCCAGCUGAUGUUAAGAAGGCCGCUGGAAAGCUCACUGGAAAAGUAGCGCUCGCAGCAAUUGGUAACCUAUCAACAGUACCCCAUGUAGAUCAGCUCAGUUAGAUUUUGCAAUCUAACAUUCCGCCGUUAAUAGUAUCGAGCUAACUAUUUAUCAGAAAUGUCAAUAAUGCAUCACGUCAUUUUCAUGCGAGAAAGCGUUGACGGCAUUUCGCGUCUGCAAUUCAUGUAAUUGUGUACAUAAUAAGUAAAUGAAUAAAGAGAUAAAUAGUUGAA